UGCUGCGGUAUGACCAAAUUGAUGGAGACAACAGAACCCAUGGAAGAAUCUUCACCUGUUGCUUCUGCUUCAGUGACAAAACCUAAGGCCGAGUCCGACACAGCGGAUGAUAUAGAAGAGAGCGACGAUGAGGUUGAAGAGAGCAGCGAUGAAGAAUACGGUGACUCUGAAGAAGAGAAUGAAGAAGAAGAGCCCGUGGAUGAAGCUUUGGCACACUAUUAUGCUAUCCUUGCAAAACGUGAGACCGCUCCAGUAGAAGAAGAAGAGAGCGGCUAUUGGGUUGAUGAGAGCGUCGAUGAGAAAGAAGAGAGUGGCGUUCAAUACUCCUACUCUGGAGAAACGCUCAUCAUAAGGCCCAAGUGGUGGGUCGAACCUGAAUGGGAUGUGGACAGCUUCGAUGGUCUCGAGUAUGAUUCAUCUGAAGAGGAAGAUGCAAUGUCCGAUGAAGAGCUUGAAAUAAAGUGGCGUCGCUUUAAACGCCAGCUCAUCCAGAGCAAGGGGUUUUACGUGGAGCCGGAGCUUAUGCCAAUGUACUCCUACUCACGAAUUAGAGCUGUCGGUGACUUGGAACAGGAUGCGGGUGGCGGCCAAACGUACCGCGAUUACUUUGCAGAGAUGGCUUGUACCUGUCUCAAAACGUACAACCAAUACAAGGGGUUGAAUGUGGAGUUUGUGGAAGUGGUGAGAGGUGCUUAUACAGCAGGAUCUAAGUCAAAGUCGUAUAUUACAUGUAUGGCUAGGGAGGAACCUGAUGGGCCUCUUGUCGAGUAUCAAUGUAAGGCUUGGUCUACGUUUGUUAUACACGAGAACUAUCCCAUCCUCUGUAGACCUGCUCCUGCUCAUACGGCAAAUUAAAGUUAUCAAACCAAAACUAGUAAAGAGAGGACGUUCGCAAAAUGGCAUCUAAUAAUAUGAAGUCAGAUCGUUAAUGUGGUUGUGUAAACAUUUUAAUUAACUUAGUACUAAAAAAUUCCCAAUGUCUAUAGAUAUGAUGUUUGAGUGUCUGUUUGUUAUCUUUAACUAAAUAACAUCCGUCGUGAGUCUCGUGACAAUCAU